GGCUCGGCUCGGCUCGGCUGCCGCCGCCGCUGCGGGGAGAGCGGAGCGGAGCGGGACCGCGCGAGCGGCGCUUGAUAGGCGCAGCCCGAGGGGGUGGAGGGAGGCGGCGGCGGCGGCCCGGCCCGGCCCGGAGGGGGCGGCUCCCCCCCUAAAAGCCGCCCCGGGCAGCGAGCGCCGAGGCACAGCGGGCAGCCGCAGCCCGAGCUGGAGCCGGAGCCGGAGCCGGAGCCGGGCACAGCGCUGCCGCUGCCGCCGAGCUGCACACCCGCACCCGCACCCGGACCCGGACCCGCUCCGCCCCGCAGCCCCGCGCGCCCCGCAGCCUUGGCCCGCGAUGCUCCGGCCGGGCCGGGCCACCCGGGCUCGGAGCAGCCGUCGCCGCUCGCCGCGGGGCGCCGGGCUCUGAUCGCCGCCGCCGCCGCCGAGACGUCGCACCCGCGUCCCCGGGGACCGGCUCCAAGAUGCUCCGCAACGGGGGUUUUGUGGAGCUGCUCCUGAUGCUGUUUGGACUGGAGCUUCCCUUCACCGCGUGCUGCCCCACGGACUGCGUCUGCUACCCGGCCCCGAUGACCGUCAGCUGCCAGGCCCACAACUUCGUGACGAUUCCCGAGGGGAUUCCAGAAAACAGCGAGAGGAUUUUCCUGCAAAACAACCAGAUCACCUUGCUUCUGCGCGGUCACUUCAGCCCUUCCAUGGUCACCUUGUGGAUCUACUCCAACAACAUCACCUUCAUCGACCCAGACACCUUCGACGGGUUUGUCCACCUGGAGGAGCUGGAUUUGGGAGAUAACCGCUAUUUGAGGGCUUUGGCAGCGGAGACCUUCCAAGGGCUGGCGAAACUCCACGCCUUGUAUCUGUACAAAUGUGGGCUGAGCUCCUUGCCCAGUGGGAUAUUUGGUGGCCUCCACAAUCUACAGUACCUUUAUCUACAAGACAACCACAUAGAGUUCCUGCAGGAUGACAUCUUUGUUGACCUAGUCAACCUCAGCCAUCUCUUCCUCCACGGGAACAAGCUCUGGAGCCUGCAUCAGAACACGUUCAGGGGGCUAGUAAACCUGGAUAGGUUGCUCAUCCAUCAAAACCAGCUGCAGUGGGUCCACAGACGGGCUUUCCACGACCUCCGAAGACUGACCACGCUUUUCCUGUUCAAUAACAGCCUCUCCGAGCUGCACGGGGAAUGCCUCGCCCACCUGGCGGCCCUGGAGUUUCUCCGGCUGAACGGCAACCCUUGGAGCUGCGACUGCAAAGCCCGGUCGCUCUGGGAAUGGCUGCGCAGGUUCAGAGGAUCCAGCUCCAGCGUGAUCUGCGAAUCUCCUGAGCAGAUGCACGGCAAGGACCUGAAGAUGCUAAAAGUAGAGGACUUUAGGAACUGUUCUGGGUCUGAGUCCCUCCAUCAGAUCAAAACACACACGCUGUCCACCGCCGACAGAGGAGUGCCCAAAGACCACCACCCCCACCACUCCUCCCAGGAGAAGGGCAAGGAGAGAGGGAUGGAGCACGGUUUGCACAGCAGCCAGCCUGCACCGCCUCCUGGCUCACGGCCAGGGUACAGAAAGCCCAGCAAGAACUGCACCAGCCACAAAAGCCGCAACCGAACCUCUAAACCGGUGUCCCUGGGGCCACGGAAAAGCAUUCACGAGGUUCAGGACUACGUGCCUGACUACCAGCACAAAUUCAGCUUUGGCAUGAUGCCCACAGCACCGCCAAAGCGGAAGGGUAAGUGUACCCGGCGGACACCCAUUCGACCCCCCAGCGGAGUCCAGCAGGCAGCUGGGAGCUCGCGGGUCAGGGCCUCCCUUCUGCUUUGUAUAAUGGUGUUAGUGGUCAUAAUACGCUGAGCCGGGCUGUGACGGACAGAAUCUGUACUGCCACCAAUCUACAAAGGACCAGAGUUUCUUUUCUUCUUCUUUUUUUGUACAUGGAGAAUUUGGCCUUGUGAAGGAAAGACCGUUGCUUAGGCUUUGGAUGGUCUCCAUACACGGACGGGAGGAUUAUAAACAUGGACUGUACAGGACGUGCACGGCAGGAUCGGAUUAAAGGCAUUAUCACAUGCUUGUCACAAACAGCCCCAACUGAGCACCUACAAAAAAGCCAACCUUACAAAAACAGAUCAAAGGGACAGGAGCUAAUCCUCCAUUAAUAACAACUGGACAAACGUGGACAGUAGCUGUGCUCUAGGUGAAAUCCUGUUAAUUUGCGAGAGCUCUGAAAGACCCUGCGAUUACCGACGGGAACGUAACUGCUGUAAAAACGAUCACCAAUUAAGCCUACACUGUUUACCUGGAACUGUGCGCAGACACUUACCAACGUGGCACAAGGACAUCCCGCCCCUCUCGGCUCCGACCCCGCAGGCCGACGCUGGCUGGAAAUCUCUUGGAAGACAAUCUCAAAUCCCUGAAUAUCUCAGGCACACAGCAGAACAGGGCUUGCCUGCUGGGCUAGGAGUAGCCAACUACCAAAGGAAAGACUGAUUAGAGGUGGAAAGUAAAAACUGAAAAGGAUUGAGGUACCUACAGCAGGUGCGUUUUUUGUAACCGUGUUCACAUAUACAAAACCAACAAAUGCACAGGUCCCUUCCCCUCAAUUAACCGUAUGUAUGUCUUACAAUGUUUAUAAACUAUAUGGAAACUGUAUCUGCAGAACUAAGGAUUGUAUUGUUGGAUUUAUAGCAAAACAGUAUCUGGUUUUCUCUAGUAAGCGAUUGGCAGCAGUGCCUACAGAUGCUGGCCAGCCACCGUCGGGCUCGCACGCGCGGGGCAGCCGCAGCGGACCAAUGUUCUUAGCGAGUUAGAGCACUAGCCUUUCGGAGGUUUUUUGUAUGCAGUGCAACAGAGUCCAUAUCUGAAGAGCCAAAUCUCCCUCUUAUGCCCUAACUUGUAACCCGUCACAUGGGAAAGGGAUGAAUUAGAAAUGUCCAGUCCAAACAACAGCCAUAGAGCUCCGGCUCCUAGAAAGCGCCCCCAGGCCUGGGGCAGCAGAGCGGCCUUUCUAGCGGGAGUCCGCGGCGGUUCCCAACAGUGUUAGUGGUGUGAGGACCUUUAUAGCUGGUCUAAGGUUUUCACCCCAGCGGAGGGAGAGGAGUCGGGGCUGGCUGCACAGUCCCGGCAGAGCGGGGAGGGUUUUGUUCUGUAAAAAGAACAGAUUUUGCUGCGGAGAACGGAGAAUGAGGUGGAAAGCGAUUGACUGGGAAUCUUGUCGGUGACCCGUAAGAAACGUAGAGCCCACGGCUUCUGUCCACGAGAGAAAAACCACGCACGGGGCAGCAAAGCGAGAGGAGGGGUGCGGAGAGGGGGAGGAGGAGGAGGAGGAGGAGGAGCAGGUCCGCCGGCACCCUUAGCCGCGGGCCGGGGCUGGCGUCGCGGUCCGGCGCGGGCUGGCUGUGGCAGAGCUGGCAGCGUUGCUGGUCGCAGCCUGCGGGCUAUCAGAGACCGUGUCCCCAGUUUUGCACAAACAGUCGAUGUGAAUUCCCUGUCAGAGCGGAUAUGUGAGAAGAAACAAAACAGUGACGUUAAUGAAAGAGGGAAAUAAAAGCGAUGUUGGACAAGCCAGGCCUGGUUUUCAUUUCCUAACCCCGCUCCAGCUGCGGUGACACAUCUCGAGGCUGUAGGUCACGUUGGGAGCCAGACACCACCCUCACGAAGCGGCUCGUGCUCUCGCUCGUGUACACGGCGGCCGAGCAAGGCUGCGCUGGCUCGCUGCGGCCGCAGGAAAACGCCCGCUCCCCAAACCGCGGCCGCAGGGCGAGCAGCGUUUCCCAGCCCCAUCGUUCAGGGAGCCUUUCGCCGCCGGGCACCGUGUGAACGGCCCGCGAGCUCUGCCCCGCACCUGGGGCGCGGCGGAGGAGCGGGCGGCGGGCUCGGGGCGGGUGGCAGUGGCGAGAGCCAUCGCAGGCUCCUGCCGGGGGCAGAUCUUCAUCGAGGGUCUCGGAGCUGAGCCGGGAAAGCCCCGUUUGCACCUGCUCUGGGGACGGGCGAUGCCGGCGUCGUGUCACGCGUCCUAGGGACACCGCGUGGUCCGAGAAGCAGGCGGCUAAACGUUUAGCUGGAAGCCAGCGCAGCGUGUCCUGCCAGCCUAGCGUGGAGCGGGACAAGCGGGGAGACGGCGUGGGGGCUGCGCAGCAGGUCCAGAGCCUGGCAGGAGCAGCGCCGGGAAGAGCGAGGAAUCGCUUCUCUCGUCUUGUCCGCUCUGUUCCAGCUCCUCGCCAAACCUCGCUAUCUGCAGGGCUCUAAACCUCCACUAAAGGGAUGUCCAAUGCAGCCAGAACAAAUAAUCCGCGAUCUGAAAUAGCUCCCUCACGUCCUACACACGAUAACCAAGAGCAGCUGAAUGUUUCUGGCACUGUCCUUUAGAACUGGAGGAUGUUGUUAUGUUGGUUAUUUCACUUCAUACUCUGGAAAUCAAAGCUCUCAGUGGGAGAAUGAAGAAGAGAAGCACUUUAUUAAUUUUUUUAAAGUCUCCGUGUAACUCCUGUAAUAUAGAAGUGAGAUGUCAGCACAGGGGAUGCUAAUGUUUUAGAAAUGAUUUGGGUGCAGCAGGCAAUGCAGGUACUCUUUGAGAUGAAUUAUAUUAGAACAGACUAUGCCUGGCCCUAAACCAUAAUUGUAUUUUUAGUAUCUUUUCCUCCAAGAUGUAGAAAAAAUAAAGGCAACUCCGUCAUGUAUUA